AUGAACCAAUAUAAUAUAUCCACUGAUCAAUUAGCUCUUCUUUCCCUAAAAUCACAUAUCAUUACGGACCCGUUUCACUUCUUGGAUGAAAGUUGGUCUCCAGCUACGUAUGUUUAUCAUUGGGUUGGAGUCACUUGUGGCUCUCGUCACCAGAGAGUGAGAUUCUUGAAUCUUUCCAACAUGGCUCUUACCAGCGUAAUACCCCGUGAACUUGGGAACCUCACAUUUCUUGUUUCUCUUGACUUGGGAAGUAACAGUUUCUGUAGAAAUUUGCCACAAGAAAUGGCACACUUAGGUCGGCUUAAGUUUCUUGAUUUAAGUUUCAACGGCUUCAGCGGGAAGGUUCCUUCUUGGUUUGGUUUCUUACACCAACUUCAAGUUCUAAAUCUUGGAAAUAAUAGUUUCACUGGUUCAAUGCUUCUUCAUUUUCUAAUAUUUCCACACUUGAGACUUUGA